GUCCGCCAUCUUGAAAACAAGUAAUAAAAGGAGCGUCGCUGAUUGGUUAUUUAAGCCAAGAUCAUCUACAGCCAACCAAUCAACGAAGACCUCCAGGACCUCUCCCAUAAGCCUUCAGUACAUCUCCAUGGUGAUGGACGCCAUCUUGUUUUAACACAACAUGAAAGUCGGAAAAUAAUUUGACAAAAACAAGAUAAAAAGCCUCUAAAAUCUCUGUUUUAAAAUGUCAAAAGGGACGACUAUCAAAGAUGCCCUCUCCAAAUGGGAGAAGGACAACGAGACCAAAGCAGGAGAAGCUAAAGAAAUAAAGCUGUAUGCACAGUACCCUCCCAUUGAAAAAAUGGACGCAUCUCUGUCAACGCUAACAAACUGCGAGAAACUGUCAUUAUCUACCAACUGCAUUGAAAAGAUUGCAAACCUCAAUGGACUAAAAAACCUCAAAAUUCUUUCCUUGGGUAGAAAUAACAUCAAGAAUCUAAAUGGUUUGGAGGCUGUGGCAGACACCCUAGAACAGUUAUGGAUCUCUUACAAUAACAUUGAAAAGCUCAAAGGCAUUGGUGUCCUAAAGAAACUCAAGGUUCUGUACAUGUCAAACAAUCAAGUCAAAGUCUGGGAUGAGUUCCAAAAACUAGCAGAAUUACCUUUAUUAGAAGACCUUUUAUUUGUUGGAAAUCCACUAGAGGAGAAACAUUCUACAGAAGGGGACUGGAGAGACCAAGCUACAAAAAGGCUUCCCAAGCUCAAGAAACUCGAUGGUGUUCCAGUUGUCAAGGAAGAAGAAGAGGAGGAGGAGGAGGGUUAAUGCAGUCUUUGCAACACAAUUUCUAUUGUUAUCGCAAUCCUUGUAAAAUAUUGUACAAAUUCUAUCAAAAUGUAUAUUUUGCUUGUGGUAAACCUGUUCUUAACCUUAUAGAAGAUGCUUUUUUCUUCUCCAUUCUUGUAUGUCAUGGCAGUAAGAUCUCACUAUAUAUUCUGUGAAAGCAUGCAUUUCUUAGAUUUAUCAUUUAUAUUAGAAAACAGGAUAUUGUCAGUCUCACCAUGUGCAUAUUGCCAGAAGCUUCUGUAAAAUGAGCCCAUCUACAUGAGUUCAUCUUUAUUGAAAAUAUACCAGCUUUUAUUAAAUUUUUAACAAGCU